AUGACGGGUGCGCGGAGCUCUGGCUGCCUACUUUGCGUCCAGCGUCGCGUGAAGUGUGAUGAGCGACUUCCAGGCUGUGUGCGGUGUGAGAAAUAUGGAAAACCGUGCCCCGGCUAUGUCAGAAAUUUCAAGUUCAAAGCUGGGAAACCGUCUCGUGCUCGUCGCGCACCUCGAGCCGAUGCCACUGGUUCUGAACGCAGCAUGUCUAACAGAGACGACUACAAGGCAGACGGAGAAUCAAUGAUACUGAGUACACCUGUGUCCACGCUGUCUUCCCCAACGAUUAAUGUCCUUCAAGGACUUUCGUUAGUAGCCGAUGACCUCUCCCAGCCUUACUCGUCGACUUCAAUCCACAUUGUUUCCAAAUGGUUCCGCAGUCUUCCAUCUCUAUAUGGGCGGAACAGAACACUGGAUGCUACUGUUCGAUGCUUCACAGCACACCAUACUUCGAAGGUGCUGCAGGAUGUGCAGAUGGCGCGGUAUUCUAGAUUUGCGUACAUCGAGGCUCUGAGCCGACUUCGGAAGUCUCUAGACGCUCCUUCCGAGCGUCUGUCUGCCGACAUCUUCUGCGCGGUGCUACUUCUAUGCUUGUACGAGCUGUUUGCGAAUAAUCAGAGUCCAGACACGUGGAUGAAACAUGCAAAGGCUGUGAGCCAGCUAGCGGAGAUUCGUGGGUCGAACGCUUACAAGGACCAAUUCAACAAUACAUUACUCAAAGCUGCAAGAGGAUUGAUUGUAAUGCACUCUGUCUUCUCUGGGGAACGAUGCUUCCUAGCCUCGGAACGCUGGCAUGCGGUGAUGCGGCAGCGCAUCAACUCAUUCUACUCUGAAGAGCUAGAAGAUCUGCUAGAGGAAUUCAUAGCUCUAUUCACACUGGCACCGAGCCUUGUUCACGCGCUCUAUGAUAUCAAAGCAUCAGAUAUGACGAGUCCUGCAACCUGGAAGAAGGCGUCCGAAACCUUGACCAGGAUUCUUGAGAUGCAGAACAGACUGUUAGAAUGGUACAGCCGUUUUUCUCGAAUCGCACCGCCUGCGUGCGAAAGGCUGUCAGCGACCAAUGACGCAGUCUAUCCCACCGUUCUCUAUUAUUCAGAUCUGAAUAUCGCCUCAAUAUUCAAUUCCUACCAUGCGUACAUGGCUAUCAUACACGAGGCCCUACGGACCCUUGGUUAUCCUGGCGAACAUGGAGCUAUGGUCGCCUUUUUCCGAGAUCAGAUUUGCAAGUCAGUGGAAUACAACGGUGCUGGUCCACUAGGGCCGUAUCGAAUGGGAUUUCCGCUGCGUGUGGAUUACGAGGUCGCAGACCCCAAAACAAAGGCUUGGAUAGAGAACCGCUUGGCGCAAAUGUCGCAGUAUUAUGCAGCUGUGCAACCCAAUAAUUUUGCCACGCAAUUUGAUUAA